GAUUCAAAUCAAACAUGGAAUUCACAAGUACCAGAUUUUUCAAAAUGUUUUCAAGAUAUCAUGUUUGUAACUACUCCAUCAGCGAUUUUCAGUAUUAUAUUCCUCAUCUGCGUUUGGCGAUUAAGAAAACGAAACAGCUUGAAUCCACUGCCAUGGACGUGGCUGAAUAUUUCAAAACUGGUGCUGUCACUUAGCCUUCUGAUCAUAAGUAUAAUUCAGUGCAGUACAUAUAUCCAUUUGAAAAUCUCAGAAGUCAGUGUUCCUUCCUCCUCGUUUAUAGCUUCAUCUUCCAAAAUUUUCCUUUUCAUCUUAACCAUAAAACUUAUGCUUCGACAUAGGGCAUGUGGAGUGGCUACUUCAUAUCCUCUUUCAGUUUCCUGGCUUGUUCUGACGAUUUGUGGCGUAGUGUUACAGAGAUCAGCAAUAUUAGAUUAUUUUUAUUUCGAUAAAAAACCGUCAUCAGAAAUCAUUUUCACUGUCAACAUGAUUUAUUCUCUAUUCGUAUAUAUUCAGCUGUUUUUAAGUAUGUUUGCAGAUCAGAGGAGUAUUGAUUCUCUCCAGGAUACGAAAGUAAUGGAAGAUGUAUCAUUUAUUUCUUUCGUUUCCAUGUCCUGGUUUAUCAAGUACAUCUUUGAAAGUAGACGAAAGCUUCUGACUGUACUUGAUCUAAAGUUCAUAAGUGUCCGGCUAUUGGCCAAAUUUGUAUACUCAGAAUUCCUGAAAAGAUGGAACAUAAAUAAGGAACCCAAAUCUCUUGAAUCUCGAAGUUUAGGACUAAGUUUAAUCAUUACCUUCUGGCCUUGGAUAGUGGCAGCUACGAUUUUUAAUUUUCUUUUCACGUUAGCCUUGCUGGUACCACCUUUAAUUUUAGAUCGUCUCAUAGAUUUUGUUGAGCAUGAUUAUUUUGCAUGGAGAGGUAUGCUGUAUGUGAGUUUGUUUUACAUAGUCGAUACCACGGGAAAAUUAUUCGAUAAUUUCGCAGGGUAUUACUUUUUCAACUCUGGUGCUCAGAUGAAGUCAGCUCUCAUGAAUGCAGUUUAUAGAAAGAACUUUUUACUGUCACCGGCUGCUCGUAAGGAAUUUACCAGUGGAUCUAUAUCCAAUCUUCUAUCAGUAGACAUUCAGAGACUUUCCAAUUUCACCUAUUACUGCGCAGAGCUAUUUACUUGCCCAAUCAGAAUUAUUAUCAUCUUUGUAAUUAUGUGGCAGUAUAUUGGAAUGGCAACACUUGCUGGUCUUGGUGUCAUAAUUUUCUUACUCCCUAUCGGCUACUUCAUCUCCAGAUACAGCGAAAAACUUACCGAUGAACAAAUGAAAGUUAAAGACACCCGACUGAAGUUUAUGAAUGAAAUCCUCAGUGGAAUAAAGAUACUGAAAUUAUAUGCCUGGGAAACGGCAUUUUCUGCAAAAGUGUCGGAGGAAAGAAGAAAAGAGUUGAAACUGAUUUUAUACUCCCAAAUGUGUACAGUAGUCAAUGUUUUUAUUUUUUACUGUGCACCUAUCUUGAUUUCUGUGGCAAGUUUUGCUACCUAUUUAUUUAUGGAUAAUAAAAAUGUCUUGGAUCCAACGAAAGCAUUUGUUACAAUCACUCUCAUGGAGCAGCUAAAGUAUGGCUUGUUCAUUUUGCCCGAAUCCAUUUCGGAAUUGAUACAGACUGGCGUAGCUUUGGAACGUUUGCGAACUUUUUUUGCUGCAGAAAACAUGGAUCCAGAAGCUAUUGGAACUGAACCUGAAGAAGGGGAUAUUUUAACAAUAAGAAAAGCGUCAUUCAGAUGGCCAGGAGAAGAAGAGAGCACGUUACAUGACAUCGAGUUGCAUAUACCUAAAGGCAAGUUGGUUGCUGUCAUUGGACCUGUGGGAUCGGGUAAAUCAUCAUUAUUGUCAGCAAUUCUCGGAGAGAUCAAUAGAAUGGAUGGAUCUGUAGAUAUAAAAGGAAGUUUGGCUUACGUUCCACAGCAAGCCUGGAUUUUGAAUCGUACAGUUAAAGAAAAUAUUUUGAUGAUGAAGCAUUUAGUUGAAGGAAAAUACAAUAAAGUUUUGCAUCUUUGUUGCUUAAGGCCUGAUAUGGAAAUUUUGCCAGCUGGAGACAACACAGAAAUUGGUGAAAAGGGAGUAAAUUUGAGUGGCGGUCAAAAGCAGCGUGUCAGUUUGGCGCGUGCUGUAUAUCAAGACAAAGACAUCUUCCUCCUGGACGACACACUCAGUGCAGUGGAUGUUCACGUUCGUAAAGCACUCUUCGAUGACAUCAUUGGAAACGAUGGAUUACUGAGAAAAAAAAGCAGAAUUCUCGUUACCCAUGAUGUGUCGGUACUGCAUAAAGUGGAUAUAAUUGUCAGCAUGAAGGAUGGCAGAAUUGAUGAAACCGGCUCUUAUCGAGAAUUGAUGAGUCAAAAUGGAUCUUUUAAGGAAUUUAUUCAAGAACACACAAGCCAAAUGAAUUUAGAGGAAAACACAGAGGAAGAUAAAAAAAUGCUCUGCAGAUACGUAUCUACUGAUUCUGCUUAUUCAAAAACUUCAGACGAUGGCUUGAGUAAAGAACAAAAAUUAAUUGCAUCUUUUGACGCAAGAGACGCCGAAAAAACGUAUCGAUUGAUUGAAGAUGAGAGAAUGGAAGUUGGAAAAGUACAUCGCCACGUGUAUUGGACUUAUAUGAAGAACAUGAGUUGCCCUUUAUGGGUUCUAACUAUAUUUGGAUAUUUAUGCUACGUUAUAAUGGAGACCUAUGCCAAUAUUUGGUUAGGAAAAUGGACCACAGAUCCUGUAGUAAACGGAACACAUAGUUCUUCCACUACUUAUCGAUUGGAAAUUUAUAGCGCGUUAGGCUUAGGACAAGCGAUUUUCGUCAUCAUAGGAAGUUUGUCUUUAGCACAUGGAGUGAUUACCGCAGCCGCUCGGUUUCACAACAAAAUGCUGAACAGUCUUAUAAAAUCUCCGAUGUCUUUCUUCGAUAGCACACCGAUGGGAAGAAUUACAAACAGGUUCAGCUCUGAUUUGGAUAUUAUAGAUACAGAACUCUAUGGUCAAAUUGACGGAUGGUUAAACUGCAUCCUUUACGUUCUAGCAUCCUUUUACAUUAUUGGAAGAAAUGCUCCCAUUUUUCUGGCUUCACUUCUUCCUCUUGGCGUCCUUUACUAUAUUUUUCUAAAACUGCAUCUGAACACUUAUCGGCAAAUCAGAAGACUAGAAUCUACAACAAAAUCACCCAUCUACAGUCAGUUGUUGGAAUCGAUUCAAGGAGUGUCUUCAAUUGGUGCUUACAAGGUGCAAGAGGAGUUUAUUGAAAGUUUUGAAAAUAAACUGAACAAUCAUAUAGUUUGCUUUUCAUCCACCGUAGGAAGUAAUAGGUGGUUUAGAUUUUGGCUUGAUAUGCUGGGCAGUAUCAUUGUGUUCAUAUCAGCUUUCCUUGCUGUGCAUAAUCGGCAUAACUUGACUCCUGCUGAUGUUGCCUUAAUGAUAACUUAUACUUUAAAUGUUACAGGUGCUAUUAAAUGGUUUGUAAGACUAAGUUGUUUUCUAGAAGAUAAAUCUAUUUCUGUUGAGAGAGUAAACGAAUACUGCAAACUUGAUUCUGAGGCCGCGUGGGAUACGAAUUCCGACUGUCAAAACAAUGAUUGGCCAUCCAUUGGUCAGAUUUCGUUCAGCAACUACAGCACGAGGUACAGAGAGAAUCUGGACUUAGUAUUGAGAAACCUUAAUCUAUCUAUAAACGGAAGUGAAAAAGUUGGCAUUAUAGGACGUACUGGUGCUGGAAAGUCAUCGAUCACCAUGGCUUUGUUCAGGAUUAUAGAACCAGUGACAGGAACAAUAUUUAUAGACGACGUAGAUAUCUCUAAACUAGGCUUGCAUAAACUAAGAUCAAAAUUGACUAUAAUUCCUCAGGAUCCAGUUCUCUUUACGGGUACAUUAAGAUCCAAUUUAGAUCCCAAUAAUGAAUACAGCGAUGAUGCUGUUUGGCAGAGCUUGGAACGAUCUCACUUAAAAUCCUUUGUGACUUCUCUGGAUGUGGGUUUAGAGCAUAACAUUGAAGAGAAUGGUGGAAAUCUAAGUGCUGGACAAAAGCAAUUGGUGUGUUUAGCUCGAGCACUUUUGAAGAAUACGAAGAUCUUGGUGCUGGAUGAAGCGACGGCCUCUGUUGACAUAGAAACAGACAAUCUCAUUCAAAAUACAAUACGUACUGCAUUUGCAAAGAAUACAGUCAUUACAAUAGCCCAUAGGCUGAACACAGUACUCGACUAUGACAAAAUUGUUGUUAUGGAAAAUGGAACAGUUCUAGAAGUGGGAAAUCCUUCAAUUUUACUUCAAGACAACGGAUCAAGAUUUCAUGAAAUGUGUAAAGAUGCAGGAUUUAUUUAGAAAUUAGAAAACCAACAUAAAAGCAUGAUUUUAAUUUAUAUUUAUUGAUUUUAUUUUAUCUAUUAAAA